GUGCGCUGACAGCCAGCGCGGCUCAGCCAGGGCUGGAACUGAGUAGCUUUCAUUGAAUCUGCGGAUUUCAUGACAUCUCCCUGCGUGGUCUUUCACUUUGCUCCUAACGGAGGAUUUUCCCCCGCCACUCUUGCCUUUGACCCUUCCCUUGCAGCCGGGCUCCCUCCCGCGUCCCUGCCCACACGCGCACCCCUUCGCCCGCUCCGGCCCGGCGCCCAGCCCUCCGCUCCGCUCUCAGCCAGAGGGAGCAGUCGCCAGACGGCAGCACCUGGCUGGAGAGGUUGGUCGGGUGGAGGGUGGGGAUCCGCGGGAACCCGGGAGCUGGACCCGGAGCUGGACCAACCGCCAGAGGAGAAUGGAGUCUCCCCACAGCCUGCCAGGACUGAUGUGAAAUUAGACCAUCUGCUUCCAGUUUUUCUCUUUCCUCCUCUUUUGGUAUUUCCUUUCUCCAUCCACCGUGGAGCAAUUAUUAAAUCUUGCUCCGUUCCAAGAGAGGCCAUCAUGAUGGACUGAACCCACCCUGUCCAGCACAAGGAAAAGCACAAAGAAGGAAUGACCAUGGCCAAGUUAACUGAAUCCAUGACUAACGUCCUGGAGGGUGACUCCAUGGACCAGGAUGUGGAAAGCCCAGUGGCCAUUCACCAGCCAAAGUUGCCUAAGCAGGCCAGGGAUGACCUGCCAAGACACAUUAGCCGGGACCGGACGAAAAGGAAAAUCCAGAGGUACGUGAGAAAGGAUGGGAAAUGUAAUGUUCACCAUGGCAACGUGCGGGAGACCUACCGCUACCUGACGGACAUCUUCACCACCCUGGUAGACCUGAAGUGGAGAUUCAACCUGUUGAUCUUUGUCAUGGUCUACACAGCAACAUGGCUCUUCUUUGGAAUGAUCUGGUGGCUAAUCGCCUACAUCCGGGGAGAUAUGGACCACAUAGAGGACCCUUCGUGGACUCCCUGUGUUACCAACCUCAAUGGGUUUGUCUCUGCUUUUUUAUUCUCAAUAGAGACAGAAACCACCAUUGGUUAUGGCUACCGGGUCAUCACGGACAAGUGCCCCGAGGGAAUUAUCCUCCUCUUAAUCCAGUCUGUGUUGGGGUCCAUUGUCAACGCGUUCAUGGUGGGAUGCAUGUUUGUGAAAAUAUCCCAACCCAAGAAGAGGGCAGAGACCCUGGUCUUUUCCACCCAUGCAGUGAUCUCCAUGCGGGAUGGGAAACUGUGCCUGAUGUUCCGGGUGGGGGACCUGAGGAAUUCCCACAUUGUGGAGGCUUCCAUCAGAGCCAAGUUGAUCAAGUCCAAACAGACUUCAGAGGGAGAGUUCAUCCCCCUGAACCAGACAGAUAUCAACGUAGGGUACUACACAGGGGAUGACCGUCUGUUUCUAGUGUCACCGCUGAUCAUUAGCCACGAAAUUAACCAACAGAGUCCCUUCUGGGAGAUCUCCAAAGCCCAGCUGCCUAAAGAGGAACUGGAGAUUGUGGUCAUCCUGGAAGGGAUGGUGGAGGCUACAGGAAUGACAUGCCAAGCUCGAAGCUCCUACAUCACCAGUGAGAUCCUGUGGGGCUACCGGUUUACACCCGUCCUGACACUGGAGGACGGGUUUUAUGAAGUUGACUACAACAGCUUUCAUGAGACCUACGAGACCAGCACCCCAUCCCUUAGUGCCAAAGAGCUGGCUGAGCUGGCUAACAGGGCGGAGCUGCCCCUGAGUUGGUCUGUGUCCAGCAAACUGAACCAACAUGCAGAACUGGAGACAGAGGAGGAAGAGAAGAACGCGGACGAGCAAACGGAGAGGAAUGGUGAUGUGGCAAACCUAGAGAACGAAUCCAAAGUGUAGGCGCCCCUGGCCACCCCUUCCCUCCCACCCGCCAUGGCCCUUCCUUGUCUUCAUUCCCUCCUUUUCUGUCUCUUCCUUUGCUCUUGAUUUCUUUAUAUUUAAUUUUGGCAUUACCAGAAAACAAGUCAUCAAGGUGUAAAAUAUCUACCUGCCCUCUCACAGAUGCUUAGAUGGACAAGUAGACAUGGAUUUGGCUAAGGUGCAAGGUACCCUCAUUUGUGGCCCAAGCCUGGUCUCCACCCAUAAAUACCAACAUUCAACUCCUGGAGUCUUAGAUAUUUUACUUGCAUGUAUUGUCCAAUAUAAAUCACUCAAAAGAGGUGUCAGAAGGUUUUACCCAAAUGUCACAAAGAAGGUCAUCUGUUUACCAAGCAGUAAAUCAUACAGGCUAGCCCCUCAGUUUUAUAGGACCCAGUUCAUCUCCCCAGCACAGGGCAGGUGCUUGCCCACAUGAACACUGAAGGAAUAGGACCCAGGUGAGCUACAGACAGACCACCACUGUACAUAGAUAUGCCUUAUGGAAUUAUUUUCUUUUGACAAUUAGUAAUAAAAACCCAGCAUGCACAAAAGUACUGUAGAACAGAACUUCUAAAUAUGUACAUAGAUGUAUCAUUCAUGUAGUUUUAGAUAUAUAACUUUAGAAAUAAGAAAAAAUAUUCCCAGUGCAAAUAGGCAUUUCUUUUUUGAUACCUGUGUCUUCUGAUUAUUUCGAGCCCCUCAACUCCUGGCCCUCUAAACACAUGGCCUUUGUUCCUUGGUCCAAGACUGACAGUUGUUAGGGUACCCCUCCGUUCCCGUGUCAGUCUUUUAUUGACUCUAAUAAGCCAUAGGUCUGGGGGCAGUCGUAAGUCCAGUAGACAGCAAGACGUUACCACCAAAACUCUGAUAUACUGUGACAUAUUUACAAAACAGGUAUCUUCUGUUUAAGGAAACCAAGGGCCUCACUGAGCAGCCUGGGAGAGACCACCAGGAACAGGACUCUAGCACAUCACCAUGUGGUACUUUCUCCGUGAUCUCUUGCCCUUUGGAGAACAAUAAUUUAGGAAACAUUUCUGUAAAACCAUUGAUUCUCCAACUGUUCCAUUCUGUAAUCACAUGAAACUACAGAGGUUAAAUGAGCUAUGGUAAGCUAGCAGAAGAGAGUUUGGGUGUAGGACCAUGAAAUUCAGGAAAGCGUGGAGUGGGUGAAGUGAUGUGUAUUGUAAUCACCAACUCCUCACCCUACAGCUCCAUCUGACACUCUGAGCCUGUCCCUGUGGCCUGUUCCACAUCAUUUCUUGCAUUGGUAUUUUUUUCUUAUUAUAUCAUCAUCAUCAUCGUUGUUAUUAUAAAAUGGCCAAAAUUUGGCAUGCAAAGAUUAGAGAACAGUCUCUGUGACAACCUGACAAAUCUCUCUAAAGUGUACCACCUUUAAAAAUCAAAUCCAAAGGUACCAGUUUUCUCCAUU